GCAUAGUAUGGACAUAGUUGUAAAAUGUGCAAAGGGUUUAUACAACAAACGGUCCGCAGUAAAUUUAAUAGAACAUUGCGAGUUCAUCAAAUGAUCAGUGGUUUCUGCUAGCGAUCUGACAGCUAGCUCGCGCGAAUUCAUCUCCUGAUAUACGCUGAAACAGUGCAAAAUGUGGUGUUUGAUCAGCCAGCCCAAUUCCGUCGUUUUCGAGGUCCGUGUCGACCCCAAGUCCAUCGGGGAGGAAUGUCUUGAGAAGGUCUGCAAGUAUCUGGGCAUUUCGAACGAGUCCGACUACUUCGGACUGAAAUACGAGAGCAACAAGGGCGAGGAGCUCUGGUUGAACCUCAGAAAUCCGAUCGACAGACAAGUGAACUGUCACGGGCACACCUCGACGCUCAGAUUGGCCCUCAGGGUCAAGUUCUGGGUACCGCCGCAUCUUUUGCUGCAAGAAAACACCAGGCAUCAGUUCUACCUCCACGCCCGCAUAGAUCUGGAACAGAAACGGCUCCUGGCAACCGACUGGGACUCCGUCUCUCGACUGAUAGCCCUGAUUGCUCAAGCCGAAACCGGCGACUACGAUCCCAUCCAUCCGCCCCACAGCGUCUACCUUCAAGUGUCGACGAUAACGCCCGUCGAUGCCGCCCAAAAGCCCGCCGAUCUGCUCCAAAGAACGAUAGCGGAGCACAAGAAAUGCAAGGGCAUGAAGAAAUCGACGGCGGAGUAUUGGCUCCUCAAGGAGAUCUCCGAGUUCGAGAACUACGGGGAGGAGUUGUUCUACGCGAAACCUCACGACAUGUUGGGUGUCGGCCCACACGGAAUUACGAUCUACGAGAAGAACAAUAAGAAACAGCUCAUAUCGUUCACGAACAUCAUCAGUGCUUCUUCGCACCGUCGCUCGUUUAAGCUGGAGUAUUUGUCCAUGGAUAACAAGGAAUCUCUGUUGGAGACGAAGCUUGACUCCAAUCACAUUGCCAGCAGUCUGUACCGUGCUAUUACAGAAAAACACGCCUUCUACAGCUGCGAAACCGUAAGGAGCGCAGUCACGGCCCAGUUCAUCAGAGACCUGAAGGGAACGAUCGUCUCUAUAUUCAACGAAGACUCGACAUUGGGAAAGAAAUACGUUUUCGACAUCAGGAGAACGUGUAGGGAGGUGUACGACAACGCGAGACGCGCCUUGUAUCAGGAAAACGCCAUGCAAAUGACCCCAGAAGUUAAACCUGGUUGUGGACAGGAAGGAGACCGUUGCAAAGACUCCGAAGAAAGAUUAACUAGGUUAAUGGACGCGCUGACAUGCAAAAUCUGCAUGGAUCAGCAGAUCGAUUCGGUUUUCCUGCCGUGCGCCCACGUGGUCGCCUGUACCAGCUGUGCAGCUAGAUGCGACCGAUGCCCAUUGUGCCGUUCGGACAUAACGCAAGCCCAAAAACUCUAUCUUCCCGGAGAGUUCAGGCAACAAGUCUGCUAGAAGUUCGCGGGUGACUCAAAAAAUUGUGUAAAGGACAAAUUUUAUUUUUGUAAAAGUGUCAAGAGACUCAAGACUAUACCCACCGCUUUCCUUGUUACAAAAUUUACGUUUUGACAUGAUGUAAUUGGAUCUCGAUUAAUUUUAAGUUGUUUAGUUACUUGAUUGCAUAAGUACCUAUAAGGCGUAUAUACAGCGAAAUCUCUUCCUAUUCCUAUAAUGCAGAAUCUUUCAUAAAGCAUUUGUAGAAUGUUUUAUUAAAACUAUUUCUGUGAGUUUGCUAUCUAUACGUUAUAAAUUUGUUAUCUAAAUUUUCUUAAUCUGUAAUUAUCUUAAUUUAUGUGAUUAAUGUGGACACAAUCUCAUUUUGAGGUUAUUGAUUGUUUUUUUACUAUGUAAAAACCCUAGUUAAGAACUGAUUUAAAAUUUUAAUGUUUGACAAUAGUCGUUAAAAAAUACAACACAAUAAUGCAAAUUAUAUACAAAACAUAGUCAUUAUCAAUGCAAUUUGUAUAAAUUUAGAGUUAGAUGAUUUUAAGUUAUUUGUAUCUAUUGAAAAAUUAUAGACCUAUAAUAUACAAGAGAUGUUUAGUAUUAUGAGAAAACUAUGGUGAUAAAAUUUAUUUUGUGAUAAUUUGAAACGUUUUUGAGAAAAUUUCUUCCUUUUGUCUGUUAAUUAGCAUCUUUUUGUAUACGUUUUGCAAUUUAUAUUGUUCUGUUAAUAUGGUCUUUUUGACAAGUAUUUUAUUUAGUAUUAUAUCAUCUGCUUAAAUGAUAAAUGUCUGAAAUAAACAUAUUAUGAAAUUAUAAA